GUCGGUGGGUUGUCAGCAGUGUCCCGCUGCCGCCGCCGCCGCCGCCGCCUUCUUACUGGGUCCGUCCUGACCAGGAGCUUGAGAUGGACGCAGCUGUGACACUGACUCUAUGACUCGACUGUCCUCCCGCCACUGUCACACUACGUCUCAGCGUCUCACCGUCGUCCCACACAGAGAUGGUCGCUUGGGGCCAGGGGCCCUUUAACGUGACUGCAGGCCCCGGGGCCCUUUAACGUGACUGCAGGCCCCGGGGCUACUAGACGGCCCCGGCCCCAUAUCGUUCAUGGUGGCGGCGCAAACUGUGCCAAUACAGUGUGUUGGGGGGCAGGUGGGUGGGCUGAGCCUCCCGGCAUGCUCCGGGGCGAUGUGUUUAUGGACAUAAGUUUAAACUGCGUUUUAAAUAAUCACACGUUACUAGGUACACGGUAAUUAGCAGGGGUGGAAAAAGGACUGGAAAACUUUACUCAAGUCAAAGUGCUGUUACUUCAAAAGAAAUUUUACUCAAGUUAAAGAACUUGUGUGAACAUGUACUCAGAUGCAAAGGAAGUCAGUUAAAAUGUUCUCUGAGUAAACGUUGCUUUAUCAGGGGGAGGGGGAGGAGUCAAAAUGUUAAAAGCGGAUAAUAAUGAUAAAUGAUAAAACUAGUAGGUUAAAGAACAUCUUGAUGCUACCAGGUGAAUAUGCAGCUGUUUCGGUGCAUUUCAGCGUCGUUCCCCAGCAACCAAUAAAUUCCAGUCAGGCCCUUUACAGGCCUGAGCGUUCAACUGGUAGUUACUGGUCCACAGACGCCACGGCGGGAGCAACAUUAAGCCACAUAAACCAAACAGCUGCCACCUCUCACAGGGUAAAGCAGCAGAAGAGGCAGAGACGUGUAAACGGCAUAAUGUCCUCAGAGGCUGCAGCCGACCAACACAGACGAAACGCCGCGUUGCUAGGCAACGCAGCAGUUGUUGACGCUCUCCUCUGUUCAGUGAGCUUCAGCCAUUGGUUGCUCCACCGGUCUGAAGGUCACUCCGUGAGGUCCUCCACCGUCUGCUCUAAGUCCAGCUUCUCUGCUGGUUCGUCCUCAGUGUGGAACAGAACCGGUCCACUCAGCCUCUCUGGUCCCGCGGCUCCUCCAGGUUUUCAGCUCUGCAGUCACAACAGGGAAGGUCCCCGACGGCAGGAAGGUGGUGCGCACCCCACCGACCGUGGCAGUCACAGCUGAAGGAUCCACCCUCAGUAUUUUAGCGUUUAGCCUUAAGUCAGACCCAGCAUGCACCUGUUGCAACACGGCAGGUGUGUUUGAUUUGGGACACCUGGCGUGGUUGCCGGGUGGGGCGUUAAAUCGUUUUGGUUUGGGCUUUUCCAUUUGUUGCCUGCUCACAUUAAUCAUUGCUUCAUUCUGCGACUUUUGUUUUUACUCGGUAACGACUUCAGCUUUACAUGUGACCAAGUAAAAUACUUGAGUUCAAAAAAUACUUAAGUGAGAGUGAAAUGACUGAUUUUUAAAACGUCUUUACAGUAGCGAGAGUUAAUGUAACCCGUUACUGCCACACCCGGGCAUUAGUGUUACUGCUCUGUCGUGUUUCCACAGUGUUUCCUGUACUUUACUGUUUGCUGAUGUGAAAGAAUGCAUUCUGCGCCACGAGUAAAGGUACGGACAUGGUUAGCACCGUCCCUCCGGCGUGGGUGUGGCAGAGCAUUUUCUAUGAUGAUGACGACAAAGUCUGUCGCCGUCGGGCCUCCAAUUAACCAGAGGCCUCAUGAGACCAAAAAAAAUUAAGCUCAUGUCUCACGAGACCCCUGGUUGGUUGGAGGCCUGGGGCUCAAGCCCCGGUAAGCCCGGGCAUUAAGGCGCCGGAGCUUGGGGCCGCCGCUUUAUCCUGUUACCAGUGCACGAGCUCGAAAAUAGCACCCAUAAACAAAGGUUGGUAAAAGCCCAAACGCACCUAAUGUAGCACUACCAAGGCCAAAGCGUCCCACCGGUGGGGUGGGGUGUUUUUAAAACGUUAAAUAAAGAAUUUUUCCCAAAUGAAAUACAGAAAAGUUGCCUCAAGUCUAACAAUUAAACCGAGCAUUUAAUGCCGACCUUCGGUUCUUUUAAAUAGUUGAUGCUACUGAAACGUGUGGGAGUUUUUAGGUUUGAUAUCCAGCUCUUACUAUUAAACUGACCCUGAGUCCUUACACUGAUGUUAGAUUUCUUUUUCCAUCACCGUGCCACUGUACAGAUCCUCAGCUGUGCUCGUUUAAAAGUGGGGAACUGAUCCUCAGGAGAAGAACCAAGGUGGACUGGUUUAUUCUGGUUUUAUUCCGUCCCUGUUCUCUAACGUCUCACUCAGCCCAGUAUCUGUCUGUCUGUCUCCUGCAGGGGAACCGGCAGAGAUGUCCCAGCAGCAGCAGCAGUAGAGUCCAGUAGAAGCCACAGAGUGGAGUUGUGUGUGAUGAUGCUGUCUUCGCUUUAGCGCCUGCGGAGUGUUUGCUGCUUCAGGAUGCAGAUCCUGGUGGCGAAGCUGCUCGGCCUGCUGGGAUUGUUCGGCCUCGUGCUGGCUGGUAUACUGGUCCCAGUACGCCUCCUGCUGGUCGACUACGACAAGGCUCACAGAUACAGGAGAGCUCUGUCUCUCUGUAACUCGUUUGGAGGAGGCGUGUUCCUCGCAACAUGCUUCAACGCUCUGUUGCCCGCCGUCAGAGACAAGGUGGGUGAAGUGUUCAGGCAGCUGCAGAUCAGCAGUGAUUAUCCUCUGGCCGAGACGAUGAUGAUGCUCGGUUUCUUCCUCACCGUGUUCGUGGAGCAGGCCGUGCUCACCUUCAGGAAGGAGAAACCGUCCUUCAUCGACCUGGAGACGUUCAACGCCGGCGGCUCCGAGGCCGGCAGCGACUCCGAGUAUGACACGCCCUUCAUCUCCUCGGCGCGGGGCUCGCCGGGCGACGGCGGGGGCGGCGGCAGUCGCCAAUCCCACGGACACCAGCACGGACACUUCAGCCCGGCUGAGCUGGCGGCGGCAGGGCCUCUGCGGCUGGCCAGCCUGGUCUUGGCUCUGUCGGCUCACUCGGUGUUUGAGGGCCUGGCGCUCGGCCUGCAGGAGGACAGCGCCAAGCUGGGCGGCCUCUUCCUGGGCGUGGCCGUGCACGAGACGCUGGCCGCUGUUGCCCUCGGGGUCAGCGUGGCCAAGGCGUUGCUCGGCAUGAAGGAUGCCGCCAAGCUGGGCGUCACGGUCAGCCUGAUGAUCCCGCUGGGCAUGGUGGUGGGGAUGGGCAUCGAGUCGGCUCAGACGCUGGCGGGCAGCGUGGUGUCGGUGGUGCUGCAGGGACUCGCCGCCGGCACCUUCCUGUUCGUCACCUUCUUCGAGAUCCUGUCCCGAGAGCUGAAUGACAAACAGGACCGGCUCCUCAAAGUGCUCUUCCUCAUCCUCGGCUACGCGGCGCUCGCCGCUCUCGUCUUUAUCAAGUGGUGACAUGCAGCAAGUCACUGACUCACACAGCAAUACCAAAGGAAAACCCGUAAAGGAGCAGUUCGUCACAGCUCAUUCGCUCUCAGGUCGGGAGCCAGAUGUUCAGACUGAUCCACUCUCGGCAGCAGCUGGACAGUACACGCAGGAGAGAGUGGGCUCAAUCCGAACAUCUGGCUCUCAGAGCGAAAGAGAAUAUGAAAAUUUCCCCAAAAUGUGGAACUAUUCCUUUAACUCCUCUUUCAUAAAGGCAGCAGAGACACUGAGUCCAGCCGAGAGGCAGAAACAUCUGGAGCAGCUGGAUAAAAUGAAACUCUCCUCGCUCUGAUUUCGGCAGAGAACACAAACUAAAGAGUUAAUCAAUGAGACGACGUUUUCCAGUUGAAACUUAAAGGGUAAAUUCACAUCCCCUGAAAAUGGUUAAAGCUCCCUGUGGAGCAAACAAAGAGAGUUUCUCCACAAAGCUUCUGUGUGUCCCUGAGGCUUAACAAAGGUUAGAAUGCAUUUAUCUCCCCAUAAAACAUUUGCAAAGAUGAUUAUUUAAACUACUCUAAAUCCUGCAUUUUUCAACAUUAAUGUUUAAUUUCUAGCAGCCGCCUUCUUUACUGCUUUUGUUGGUGCAUUCCUACUUUGCUUGGUACGAUACUGACAUGACGUGAACCGCUGGCAGCACUGUGUGUCACGUGCACCCGGCGCUGACAGAACGUGGAUCCACUCUUUAAGUAAUAGCUCCACGGUGCUGCUACGUGUGGGCAGAAACUCGAGCGAGUACCUUUAACGCCUCGCCCCGCUGCAGUGACGCACAGGUGUACUCCAGGACUCUGUGACGUCACUGUUGGGUGUGGUUACAGGUGCAGCAGUUCUGACCACAAACGCCAACCACAGUGAAACAGACUGAAAACUAACACUGAUGUGAGCUUGGUAUUAAACAGAACUGAACUCUUGUAGGUAACAAAUAUAUAUGAAAUGGUUUAUAACAUUUUAGAAUUUAGUUUCUUCACUUCUCGCUUUAUUAGGUACACCUGUACAGUCUAAUCCAACUGUUCAGUUUUUGUUGACGCUGUCAUGAAGGUGUUAAUUUAUGUCUAUGAUUUAACAUUGAGGUCACUGUUAGCGGUGGUGUUGUACUGGACGCAUGGAUGAAUUAUGAGACAGCCCCCACCCUCCACACUGCAAGAGACAAAAACGACCAUAAACAACCUGGGUAUGUUUUGCGUCUCUGUCACUGGUUCGUGUCUAUUUGUGGUCAGUUUGAGUCUCUUUGUGGUUGUUUAGAGUCAUUUUUCGGACCUUUGUCGUCCUCGUGCAGCUCUUUGUGGUCAUUUGAAUGACUUUCCCACUGGAAAUCUUAACCGUCACCUCAUGCUGAGGCCCUACAUAUAAUGCAGUCCAGCCAUGGAGGGUUCAAUGAGAGGGCCUGCCAGGCACAGGACGAGGGGCCCAAGGGGUCACGGGGCCCUGGGCCUGACCCUGGAAGGCCAGCUCAGGGUAUUUUGGAAUAUUCAGACCUCCUCGUGUUUGUACAUAAAGUCGGCAGGACAAAAAUUAGGAAACAGUUGUCAAUAUAUUCAAGUCCAGUAUAACACCACCUUCAACUAUGAGCUCAGUAAUAAACAUACAAUUGAGUUUGCACCUUUCCCACAAUGUCACCGUAAAAACUGAUGAUUAAGAACUUAACAUGUAGGAUUUGCGGCCCAACAGCUGUGUUGAAUUUUAUUAGAUUGUAAAGAUGUACCUAAUAAAGUGGCCACUGAUUGUAUAUUAGGACUUUUCAGGCUGUUGUUAGAUUAUUCUGGAAUGAAACUUUUUUAUUUCUUUUUCUUUUUUUUUUUAUGAACCUGCUGUGUCACUGAAUCAAAUCCAGACGUUGUUCUCUAAAGUCAGAUAAAUUAGCAACCACACAGAUAAACACACUGGAGCCUUUUAAAAGCAGUCAAGAUAAAUCCAAGUACAUUAUUUUUUUAUUUUUGAGGUUUUCAUUUCUGUAUGUGUUCAUAUUGUGAUCUGGAACAGUUUUGUAUUUAUUAUUUUGUCUCAUAUUUCUAUUGUGUUAGUUGAAAUUAAACAGAUUAUUAUCAUAGUCAUUAUUAAA